GAAUCCUAAAUCAAACGCAGCCCCCAUUUGAUCUUCUUCUUCCCAGAGCCACAAACUCAUCUCCUCUCCUCUCUUCUCUGAGAACCAUAGAAGCCACCACAGCCCCCAAUCACGCAGCCACCGCAGCCCGCCGCCACAGCAUCCCGCAGCCACCGCGUCGUUGUCAUCGCCUAGCUCGCCUUCUCUCUGUUCGCCGGUGUUGCGUCCUUUGUCGUCGCCGUUGCAGCCCCCAUUUGUUCUUCUUCUUCACAGAGCCACAAACUCAUCUCCUCUCCUCUCUUCUCUGAGAACCAUAGAAGCCACCGCAGCCCCCAAUCGCGCAGCCACCGCAGCCCCCAAUCCCGCAGCCACCGCGUCGUUGUCAUCACCGAGCUCGCCUUCUCUCUGUUCGCCGGUGUUGCGUCCUCUGUCGUCGCCGUUGCUCGCCUUCCACCUCGCCGCCGGGAACAAACUGACUGGCAAUAUUCCUCAAACUUAUGUGAAAGGAAAUGCCCUUCACUAGAUUGAUUUUAGUUCUAACAAGUUGUAUGGUCAAUUACCAAGAGCACUUGUCAAUUGCAGAAUGCUAGAGUUUCUUGAUGAGUUGUCAUGGAUUAUCUUGGGGGUCAAUACCUUUGCGGCCAUGAAGUACCUGCUUGGAAGUUGAAACAAUGUUGGCAUGGACUAAAAUAUGUUGAUAUGUUGGUGUAUAUUCCUUGCCAGGGAAAACGGAUGGAGCUUUUUGCAUCAAACAAUGGAUAAGUGGCCUUCUUCCAACCUUGGGUAUUCUGGCUAAUGAAUUGAAUGCUGACCACCUUGUUGAUUUCAUACACAGACUGUAAAUAAACGACAGACAGAAAACUUCAUAGUUGGAUAUAUACAAUAAUUAAUGUCACUUCUCUGGGUUCAACACUUGCUAUUCAACACUUGCAGAUCCAAACUUGGCUCCAAGGAAAUAUGAAUUCUGAAACUGUGAGUAACCUUGUUACCACUGGAGUUGGUUCUGAGGCUGCUCCGGUCGAGGUUGAUGAACCUAGUUCGAAAAGGCUGAGACCAGCAACCUCUGAUUUUCAGAACCUUGCUUUAGACCAUCCUUGUUACUAAAUCUACAAUAUUAAAUAUCCAGUUAGCGAGCAAAUAGUUGUUAUAUAUUUUUAGUUAAUUUGUGAACCUUGCUGUGGGUUGAAUUUUGUUGUUAUUAUUGGUUUCUCUCAAGAUUGUUGGUAAUUUUGCUGUGAACUUUGGAUGUUGCCAUUUUAUGUUUGGUUGGUUAUUUUUGUUAUUUGACUUUUUGAGUUUGUAUUUGAAUGAGAUCAUAACAUUGUAGUUUAUGUAGUAUUUUUAAUUUGGAUGAUAUUUUAAAGUUUAUAUUAGACUAUAAUUAUGUUUUAGUGUGUUUAUUUGUAUUUUAUUUAUUAUUUUAUUAUAAAACGGUUUUUUCAGUUGAAUUGCGGUCGAACCGGUUGAAUCAAUGAACCAGUAACUAGAUCGGUUCGACGACCGGUUCGGUUUUCAGAACCUUGGUGUGAAGUGAUGGAUGAUCCUCUCGCCAACUAUUGGGGUCUCUCCCUCUUUCCCCAACCUACUGGUGUCACUGCUUCUUCCUCUUCGAAGCCCUACGAUCCCAACUACGAUCUGGACUCCAUCCAUAACCAUCUCAGAUCCAGGAUACUGCAGAUUCUUGCUGAUGAGUUGAAAGCUGUGAUAUGUGAAAAUCCUGGACUGUUUGACUCUAAAAUCUCGAGUGAUCCAGCAUGUCAUGAAGAAAAUGAUGUUGUUGCUGAAGAGAUACUGCAGAUUCUUGCUGAUGAGUUGAAAGCUGUGAUAUGUGAAAAUCCUGGACUGUUUGACUCUAAAAUCUCGAGUGAUCCAGCAUGUCAUGAAGAAAAUGAUAAUCCAGCAUGUCAUGAAGAAAAUGAUGUUGUUGCUGAAGAGGUUUUGGAGUUUCCUCGAAACCGGAGACCUGCUUUAGGCCUGAGUCAAUCUGUUGAGAGUUUGAUACCAAGGCAGGACCUUGAUAAACCGAAAGAUCCAGCGGAAUUCUUCUUGGCCCAUGAACGGCUAGAAAGAAAAACAAUGCAUUUGUUCCUCUCAGACGAGGAAUUUGUGCAGUGCUCCGGCGACACCGCCACCGUUGCGGCGAAGGCUGACGCCUGCAUCCGCAGCCUUCUCCAGGAGUUCGACGCGCUCCGUGCCCGCGCCGACGCCUCUGACCAGCAGAACGAAGUCCUGAAAGAACGGUUGCAGGAGCUCGAGGGAAAAUUGAAAGAGAAGGAAGAAUCCAAGGUCGACGAAGAGAUUCGUGAAAGACCAGAAGAAUCCAAGGUCGAGGAGGAGAUUCGUGAAAGACCACAUGGAAGACCACGUGGAAGACCCCCUUUUCGGAGGUAUUACACAGGUCAUGGGCGGCCUAGGAAGCGGCCGCGGACUUAAAAGGUUGUAACAAAAACAAUGCCUGAGAACAAUGUUCAUAGGGGAGACAGGGAACUUGGCAGUCAUCAGAAUCAUUCUUUUUAUCAUAAUGUAGUAUUCUUUGACCUUUAUCAUAGUUUUGGAGCAACAUGUAUUUUUAUAAUAAACUCGUGGGCAAUACAUGCAAGUAGGAUCUGAUUCAGUUAUAUAAUAGUCAAUAUAAUUUUUUUACAUAAUAAAUACAAAGUUAUUGAAGUCUUACUUUAUU